AUGGCUCUUCCGUUUCAGUGUUUUUACCAAUGUACUUGGAUGUUUCUUCUUCUGACAUUAUCUUUAACCUUUGCUGAAGGUGGAAAGAUCCUGGUGAUACCUCAGGAUGGAAGUCACUGGCUCAGCAUGCGCCCAGUGGUGGAGAAACUCCAGCAAAAUGGACAUGAAGUUGUUGUGGUUGUACCGUCAACAAGUUUGUAUAUGAAGCCAAAGGAGCCUCAGAAUUAUACAGUGAAAGUAUAUCCAAUACCUUAUGGAGAGGAACAUUUAGCUGUUACGCUCAAGUCAUUCGUUAAUGCUCAUUUUAUUGAACAAUCUGUUUUGAAUAUUAUUAUUACAAUGUAUCAAAGCAUGUUAGAAGUUUCCAGGUUCUUUUUCACCAACUGUAAGAGCCUUUUGCACAAUGAAGACAUGAUGCACUAUUUGAGAGAGAGCAAAUUUGAUGUGGUUUUCACGGAUCCAAUUCUGAUGUGCGGACCGAUAAUUACUGAGUAUCUUUCAGUUCCUUCUGUCUACUUCUUGCGGGGGUUUCCUUGCGGUAUGGAUUCUGAAGCUACCCAGUGUCCAAAUCCUCCUUCCUAUGUCCCCAGACUCUUCCUAAAUAAUUCAGAUAGCAUGACAUUUGCUCAACGCAUGAAGAACAUGCUGGUCCAUAUGCUGGAGUUCGUUUACUGUAAGCCUAUAUUCGCUCAAUUUGAAGAACUUGCAUAUGAGAUUUUUCAAAAGAAAGUGACAGCUACAGACCUUCUAAGCCGUGGAUCUGUUUGGCUAAUGAGAUAUGAUUUUGUGUUUGAAUUCCCGAGACCGGUGAUGCCAAACAUGGUUUUUAUUGGAGGGAUAAACUGUGAUCAGAAGAAAAAACUGUCUCAGAUUUUUGGGUACCAACCAGGUCUCUGA